AGAUAGGCCUAUAACAGCGUACCAAAAUGAUGGCGUCACGGAGACCUUCGUUGGCGGUACCCGGGAGGGACAGCAACCACAGCUCCGUCGACGGCAGGAGGCGAUCGAGUGUCCGGCUCUCCCAGGGACAGAUAGAGGAACUGAAAUGCGCCGAGGAGGAUGACGCCCAAGACGAAGGGGACGGAAAUGACAGGAGACACGAGGACUCCGACGAAGGGCAGGACGAGGAGGAGGACCUCUACCAGAUGGAUCCUCAGACGGCGGAAACGUCCCCCGAUUAUUGGCAGAUUCACAAGAUGGUGAAGUACCUGAAGGCCGGAAACGCCACCUGCACUGCCGUGGCACUCGUCGGCCUGAAAGACUGCGGCCUCCACCAGGAAGUGUGCCAGGUGGCACUCAAGAUGGUCGGGGGGCUCGAGGUCCUACUCAACAUACUAAGGACGAGCAACUUGAGGUGUAAUAUUGGAGCUCUGCAAGUGUUAGAAGCAGCGUGUGGCCACGUAACCACACGGGCAACUGUUUACAAACUGGGUGGAUUACAGGUACUUCAGGGACUGGUAGGCCACAAUAGCGUCGAAGUAAAAGGGUUGGCAGCGUCAGUCCUAGCGCAGGUGUGCGCGCUAUCAACGGCCAGAUCUGCCCUUAUCCGGGACGACGGUAUACCGAAGUUGGUGUCUUUGCUACGGGGCGACCCCAGUGCCCUUUGCAACGACUCCGAAAUGGGGGCUGCCGUCGAGGGCGCAGCGAGAGCCCUCUGGGCGUGCAGCGUUUCGAGGGCUGGCCGGAACGCCCUCCUGCGGGCGGGAGGUCUGGAACUCAUGGGGCAGCUGCUCUGUAUACAAAAGACUUCGCUGCUCAUACCUGUGGUCGGGGUCAUUCAUCAGUGCUUGACGGAGACUGCCUUCCGCGAGCGCGUGGAACAAGCAGGAUAUACUUCGGCACUAGUAAAGUUACUCCAUUCUCCUUCAAAACAGCUCCAAGUUUUGGCUACGAAAGCCAUCGCCAGGUGCUCCGUUCUGGAAACGACGAGCAACCGUCUGGUGAAGGAGGGCGGUCUGGAAGUGUUGGUGAACCUGUUGAAACAAGAGGCUGAACCCUACACCAAAGCCAUCAUCGAGAAGGAUCCUGCUUUUGCCAGGGACACAGGUCUCGUCAGUGACGUCCCUGGCGGUGCGGUGAACCUGUCCAGAAAGGCAUCGAUGAUGCCGGAUGCUGGGGCGGCUGCUGGGCAGGUCCAGGACCAGCUGCCGCCAAAGGAAAGCGAAGACAAUGCAGGACAACCCGAAGGACAAGACCAGGACGAAGACACUGACGAGGGAGACGAUAUGGUACAGAAGGAGGAAGAAUCACACCUACAACUGCAUCAGAAAGAGGCGAAGGAGAUACCAGGGCCAGCAGCUGCAGAGGCACCAGACAAGGAGGCUUUGGCUCAUGCCAGGCCUGACGCUUCCCAAACCCCCUUUCAUAACAAGGCAUCAUUCGAUGAAAAUAUCUACAAAGUUAAAACUGAUCCAGAAAGUACAUCUUGUGAACUUGAUAUUAACUCUAUCCAAAAUGUUUCAUUGGUGGAUCGUAUGGAAACAGCUGGUGGUGGCAUUGGCGGCAGCGGUGGUGGUGGUGGUGGUGAGGGUACCACUGUUGGAGACAGUGAGCUUCUGGAAGCAGUAUCUGAGGCUAUCUGGCAUGUGUCGAUGAUCCCUGAACAUGUGCCGGCUCUUAAGGAUCUUACAACAGUGCCUGUUCUAGUGGCUCUUCUUCAUCACGAUGAUGAGAAGGUACUGACAAAUGUCGUGGGUGCCUUAGGGGAGGCCUCCUGUGACCAGGAGUGUUGCAUGAUUCUUCUGAGAGGAGGAGGAGUUACCACACUCAUACAGCUUUUAAGAAGGACCUCAGACAAGCUCCUCUUGAACGUUACUCGGGCCCUUGGGUCUUGUGCUGCAGAUAAUGAUGCUUUGGAUGCUCUCCUUCAGCAAGAUGGUCUCAGGCUCCUUUGGUCUCACUUGAAAAAUCCUAAUUGUCGAGUGCAAGCAUCUGCAGCAAAUGCGAUCUGUACUUGUCUGCAGCGAGAGACAGAGGAAUUGGCAGAAGUUGUCAGAAGCCUUGUUGGAGGAAUAGAACUGUUAGUGUCAUUGCUGGAGAGUGACAGCGAGGCCGUCCUAUCUGCCGUCUGUGCUGCCAUUGCAAAGAUUGCCCAAGAUCCGCAAAAUCUGGCUAUCAUGACGGAUUAUGGCGCUGUAACUUCACUCUCCAAGUUAGCUGUCAGGGAAAAUGACAGCCUGAGGCCAUACCUGGCUGAAGCAAUUGCUGCCUGCUGUGUCUCUAGGGAAACAGGACUGCUGUUCGGUCAAGCAGGAGCCGUUGCACCUCUUGUUCAGUAUCUGGAAACAGACGACAGCAAGAUAAGAAGACCCACUUGCCGGGCGUUACAUCGGUUGUCCCUGGAGCCAGAGAACUGCGUCACCCUCCACCAAAGUGGAGCAGUUCCUUUGCUACUCGAAAUGCUGGGCUCAGAAGACGAAGUUGUACAAGAAGCAGCAGCAGAUUGUUUAAGGAACAUCAGACUUCUGGCUCUUCAAAGGUGUAAGAUUCAGACAAGAAGUGCAAGGUCGACGCCCAGGGGAAACCAUAGUGCCAGGCGAUGACUAGAGGAGAUACCACAUACUCAAAGCUCAUUUGAUAUCGAAAUUAUACCAGAAAUAAGUAAUAUGAAACUAUUUAUAAUAAUUAUAAAGUGAAAUUAUUGGAUUGAUAUAUAUGCAUAUAUCGUUGAGCUAUUUAAAAUUUAAAUAUUUACGGAUUCAUAGUUUAUGAUAAUGAACAGAGAUGUUACUUACCGUUACGAGAAGCUCAUAAAUAUUUAGGUCAUAGUGUAAAUAAAUAAUAGAAAACGAAUACGUGUAAUAGAAAAUGUAAAGAUUGGCGAACUUUAUCAGAUGGACUAUUGUAAACUUGUCUAUAUACAAAAUUUACUGACAUUAUUGCCUAAUUACAGCUGGAAUAGCGUGAUAAAAAGAUGCACAUAAGAAUUGAACAAUGAAUUCGAAAUUUAAUGUAAUUAAUUAAUGUAUACUGAUUUUAUCAGUUAUUCUGAACGAAAAAGAUAAAAUAACAAUAUAAAAUGUGAUGGUAGCCUACGUAAUCAUUGUUAUGACGAAACGUAUACCUAUAUAUAGGCUAGAUGGAUCUUUAAAUUUUUCUGUAUUCUACAAAAAGUUUUAACAGAUAUUGUUACUUACAUUAUCAUUUUGCGCAUUUCAAAUUUUAUUCAGGGUAUGAAAUUUUUAGAGGCUUUAAUUGUUCAAUGCAUGAAAUUUGUUAUAGAAAUAUAAGAGAGGUUUCAAGUUGAUCAUUAGUAACAAAAAGAUGGUUUAUCCUUUUAAAUAUUUAUUGUUCUUUUAAUACGACUAUGGUAAGUAGGCUUUACUUCAUAAAUUGCAGCUACCUUGUGUCAAACGAUAGAUCUAUAAGAAAUAAAUGAUAUCUUAGUUUAAUUAAGCUAAUAUCAAGUGAAUUAUCACUAUAU